UCCGAACCCGGUUCUAUAGCCUGCUCGGCUGCUCCUCUCCAUCGCACUCCACUGCCCUCCGUCGUGCGUUGGGCUGAAAGGAGGUGAGAGAAGCGGAGGAGGAGGAAGAAGAAGAAGGCAGCAGGGUCGAGAGGCCUCGGGAUUCCGCAGUUCCUAUAGUUACAAGGUAGAGGAACGGGGCAGCACAUGGGGGUCACUGGUCAUGGUGUUACGGAUGUGGUUGGGAAGGGAGGGAGCUUCGUUCAAACCAAAGCUGGAGAAAAACCACCACCAACUUCCUCCCUUAAUCCCAACUGGGCACAGCUACAAGCGAAGCUGAAAACCGGAACCGGCAAACCAAGAGCUCGUCCCAUUCAAUCAUCGACCGCCAAUGUCAACCACGAAAAGUCUCUUCUAGGUAAGCGGAAGGAAAGGUCCGAUGAGGAAUCCUCGGCAUCAGCAUUGGCAGUGCUAACUCCGAAGAAUUCUGACUGCAGUUUAACAGAUGUGGUUGCAAUGGAUUGUGAGAUGGUCGGUGUCAGUUUCCAAGGAAGCAAGAGUGCUCUUGGAAGGGUCUCACUGGUGAACAGCUGGGGUAAUGUUGUAUAUGAUGAGUAUGCCCGUCCAUUAGAGUAUGUUGUUGAUUUUCGUUCAGAAAUAAGUGGAAUCCGACCUCAUAACCUGAGAAAAGCAAAGGAUUUCCACACUGUGCAGAAAGAUGUUGCUCAACUAAUCAAGGACAGGAUCCUUGUUGGCCAUGCUUUGCAUCACGAUCUCAAGGCUUUGCUAUUAUGUCAUCCUAAAAGAUGUACGAGAGAUACUUCUCAUUAUUUGCCUUUCAAAAACAAAGAAGGGAAGACAAGAGCACUUCGUGAUCUUGCAAAGGAGCAUCUUGGAGUAGAAAUUCAAAGAAAACAACAUUGUCCGAUUGAGGAUGCCCGGGCUGCUAUGCUUCUAUAUCAGAAGUACAGGAAAGAGUGGGAAAAGCAUGUAAAGGAACAACGGAGAUUUUCAAAGAAGCAAAGAAGACGUAAAAUUGCCAAAAAACAGACUGAGAAAGAUUAGACGACUGCUAGCGUAAUAUUUAACAAAUAUACAACACAAAAGUUUUUAGCACUUCUAUAGGACAGGGAGGAACAAACAUGAAGCUGUUGUGCAGUAUGACUCUGUCCUGUUGAAACUUUCGAAUUUGAUCAUUCAUAUGGGAAGAAUGUGCUGGCUUAAGCAUAUCCCUGUGUUUUGCAUCAAUUAUUUGCCAGAUGAAUAGGCUUGUCCCAGUUCUCUGACUUGGUUUAUCAAUGAAGUACAUUUUUUCUUUUAGCAUUUA